CAUACCAAAUAAUUCGAAUCUCGCGCAAGGCAAUAACUAACGACUUGUCUGUUAAGAACUACUCUUGCAAUAUUAUUAUUACACGAUAAACUACAGAUUGAAGGGAAGUAGCGAAUAGACAGAAAGCAAAGUAUUUAUGGUUGUGUAUAGUGUUAACAUUACCGACGUGGACGGUCGGACCUACGCUGGACACAGAGACCCUCCAGGACAAUCGAGUUUCUAUAUAACUCCGGGUGAUCAAUGGAAAGAAAAUUACAGAGUUUCAACGUUUUCAAGAUUUCCGGAACACUAUCCUGUCAGCCCAACACGACUGGCAUCUUCUGGAUUUUACUACACUGGAUUUGUUGACAGAGUUAAAUGCUUUAAGUUUGUAAGCUUUUCAGUACAUUUGAAUAAUGAUCGUUGUUGUACUGUACCGCUCGCUGUAUUGCACGUUUCUUGUAUUAGCAAUACCGACGUAGACGGUCGGACCUACGCUGGACACAGAGACCCUCCAGGACAAUCGAGUUUCUAUAUAACUCCGGGUGACCAAUGGAAGGAAAAUUAUAGAGUAUCAACGUUUUCAAGAUUUCCGGAACACUAUCCUGUCAGUCCAACGCGACUGGCAGCUUCAGGAUUUUACUACACUGGAUUUGUUGACAGAGUUAAAUGCUUUAGUUGUGGACUUUGUGUCGAAAACUGGUCAAUAGGCGACGAUCCACAAGAUAAAAAAUGGCACAAAACAGAUUGCGACUUUGCUAACGGAAUACCAACAAACAACCAGCCUUUGUUAGGUGCUUUUACAAAUUUUUUGAAGCGGUCUCCACCCAGAAAUAGAAGCCCUAAUUACAAUGAAUCCACGAGGUCAAGCCUGUUCAACAACGCACGUAACGCACUGAAUAUAUCACAAAUAGAACAAAAUGAACCCGCAGAAACUACACACACACCUACUAAUGCAAAUGACAUAUCUCAUACUGCACACGCAACCAGCUUGUCACCUUUACCAUCAUUGAUUACCUCACAACGAACUUCAUUGCCCUCUUCGCCACCUAAUGCCACAAAUUACGUACAAGCAAGACUACCAGUUGCUCAAGAAACUUCAUCUAUUCCUGCCAAUGCAACACAAGAAACACGAAACGAACUUUACCCUUGUAGGGCGCCGGUUAACCCACAUAUGGAAUCCGUUAUUAACCGUUUGGAAUCUUUUAAACCUCGUCCCGGUUGUCGAUGGCCAAGUGACAAAUUAAGAGCAACCAUCGAUGAACUUGUGAAUGCGGGAUUUUUUUAUUUGGGGGAAAGAGAUCGAGUAAAGUGCUGGUAUUGUAACGGUGGAUUACAAAAUUGGGAAUACGAAGAUUCGCCAAUUGUUGAACAUGCGAAAUGGUUUCCAAGCUGUGAAUAUGUUUUACGAAUUAAAGGACCAACAUUUGUAGAAAACAUCGUUGCUGAAUUUCCUGACAUUGAUCGCCCAGCUCCGAUAAUUAGAACAAUGCCAAGGGCUGCUGUUGCCGGACAACCCCCUACACCACCCUUGCCUAUGGAUAUUCCCCCAUCACCCUUGCCCCAACCACAGCCUUCGAUACAGUCUAGAACCCCAUCUCCCCCAGCAGUAGAAAACCUACCCCCAGUUUUGAGUACAUCGGAAGCGGUCGAGCAAGGAUUUUUAGGACUGGAAUACGUUAAACAAGCAAGAGAAAUGGGAUUUGACGUUGAAGCAAUUAAGACUGUCCUAAAAAGAAAAUACGAAACGAAUGGUCAAUUUUACAAUACCGGCGAAGAGUUUAUGGAAGCGCUUUUUGGAUCCACUCUUGAUAAUAGGAAUCAAACACAAGUUUCACAACCAAACACUCUUCCACAAACAUCAACCACCGUACGACGAACUAGUAGCAGCAGAAGUCAUUCUCCGCCUUCUGAGGAAAACCAGGGAUCCAGUAACACAGUUUCUGAACUUCGAAGACUUGAACUUGAUCGAAAUUGCAAAGUGUGUCGGAGUCGACCGUCCAACAUUGUUUUUAUUCCGUGCGGUCAUCUUGCUUCUUGUGACCAAUGUAUUACAGACUUGAGGAAAUGUCCCUUAUGUGCCAGAACUAUACAAGAUACAAUCAAAACCUUCAGAGCGUAAGAAACCUUUAUUCGAUUGAUUCUUGAAAUACGUUGAGCAUGUAGUUGGCAAGGAAUUUGAUCGAAUAAUUAUUACGUCUGUAUGGAAAACUUGUAAGAUCAUUAUUCAAAAUUGUUAAAUUAAGCUUAAAGCUUCAUAUAUUUAUUUGAUAGUAUUUAUGUUUUUUCUUUUCUAAUAUUUCUGUUUUUUUUUCAUUUCUAAGCGGCAAAGUGUAUCUGACUUUUUAUCCUCUUUUUUUUUUCUAUAAAAUCCAUAUUGCAGUAUUGUAGCAAAGAAGUAAAAAAAAAAAAGUAAAAAAAAAAAUUAAAAAUAGUUUGUUUUUCAUUCGUAAAAUCUAAAAUAAAUAAACAAGAUGUAUUUAUUUUUCAAAAUAAAUAGUGCGAGACAUUGUGUAUUAAAAACUGUGAUUGAACUGUUAAAAAAAGUAGCAAAAAAUAUUUUAAAAAUGAAAAAAAAUAGUAAAUUUGGAAUCAUCUUGCUGAAUUGUUCAAAUGUAAAUAGUUACGUAAUCUCUUGCUUAACCCAGCAAAUCUGGAUUGACAAACAAAUUCCACGAGUUCGUGGAGGUUGUUCGAGUUUGUUGACAACCGAAUAGUUAUAAUCAGAGAAUGACGUAAACUUUUGAGUCAUCAGUAAUAUUACGCACAUAAAUGGAAAUAUGUUGUAAUGCUUCCUCUGAAUAAUCAUUUUUUAUCCGGUACAAGCAUGGUCGAGCUUGUUAGUUCUUAAUUGCAUUUCAAGUGUAGGAAAGAUAUGGUCACAUGUUAUUGAUCUGCUAAUUCAACAAUACUAGCUAAGCUGAUUUCAUAUUAAGCCUUUCAAACUCAUCAUUAAUGUGCCAGUCAAAUGUGUUUAUAAACAUUUUUAUUUUACCAAAAUGCAUUCCGUGUGUGUAAUAUACAUAUUUAACAAAUAUACUUAUUUAGUUUUCGUCGAACGUUUAUUUACCUCCUAAUUUGCUUCUUGUAUUCCUAUUUUUUUUAAUUUUAUAACAAUCUGUCUUUUUGUAUUUUUUUUCUGAUAGUGGUAUAAUAAAAGAUCAGCCUUUUUGAAUAUGCUGCCUUGCUAGUUGUACUAUAUACAUUGGUAUUUUUCCUGUCUAGAGUCCCAGCUAAAGUAACUGUGAAAUAUGUAUAUAAAUAUUUAUAACAAUUUUGUUUUGUUUUCUACAAUUCUAUAUAUCUUUUUUAUAAAUUGGAAUAGUGGUGUGCAUAUUGUCUUUCGAAUGCAAUUUCUUGUUUUCCUAUCUCUGCCUUUCAGCCGCCUCCCUUUAACGCACUGCAUUUAUGUUAUUUUCCAUUUCCUUCUACACCAUUUGUUUUGUAUAUUAAAUUCUAAUACUUAUAUACUACUGUUUGAACGAUUUUUUAUAUCAUUGUGUGAAAUGCUAAAAUAAAAUGUUCGGAUUAAAAUAAAAACAUUCUAAAAAUA